AUGGAUGUGAAAGAAUGUAAUGAUUUAGCUGAAGAGAAUCAAUUUAUUGUCGACGAUGUAAGUAAAAUUAUUAAGGAAGCUAUUGAAAAUUCCAUUGGAGGUACGGCUUAUCAGCACAAUAAAGUAAAUCAAUGGACUUCAGCUGUCGUCGAAUCAUGUUUAGGACAGUUGACAAAGCUUCAAAAGCCUUAUAAAUACAUUGUGACUUGCACCAUAAUGCAGAAGAACGGCGCAGGGCUACACACAGCUUCAUCAUGUUUCUGGGACAACAACACUGAUGGCUCUUGUACGGUGCGCUGGGAAAAUAAGACAAUGUACUGCAUUGUAUCUGUUUUUGGUCUUGGAAUUUAG